UGAGGAAGCGUCGGUCGCGGUAUGGAAGACGACAAAUCGUAGUUUCGAGAAGAAAGACGACAGCACAACACACGUAGCAGCCUGUUUUGUCUGUGGAGCCAGCUGAUCGCAGCGUGAUGAGCAACAUGUCGGGGGUUCACAACCUGAAGGGCAACAAUGAUAUGAGCGAUGACAACUUCUCCGACGAUGAUGAGAAUAGUCCCCUGUACGGCGGCAGCCAGCGAGCUGUGCCGGAGACGAAAGGAUGGGACGUGUUCCGCAAUCCACCCCCGAAGACGGACAGCGGGUCGAUGGCGAACCAGCGAUGCCUCGAAAUCACCGUCAAAUCGCUCAAGGUGGUGGCGUACCUGCUCACCUUCAUCAUCGUCCUGGGCUCCGGGGUGAUUGCCAAAGGCACCAUGCUCUUCAUGACUUCGCAACUUCGACCGGGGAAGACCAUCACCUACUGCAACAAGGAAUUG